GACUGGCCGAGCGAUUUCCCGUACACCGGCGCAGACGACUUCAAGCGGCUCGACGAGGCGGUGGACACCGAGUUCUACAAGCUCCCGAAGCUGGUUUACCACAUCGACGAGGGCGCCGUCGCGGCGCUGACGCACUUUUACGACGAGUCCAUCCCUGAUGGCUCGGACGUGCUGGACAUCUGCAGCUCGUGGGUGUCGCACUUCCCGCGUGACUUCCCUUUGCGCAUGCGCUCCAUCGUCGGCACAGGCAUCUCGGACCUCGAGCUGCAGUGCAACGACCAGCUCAGCGGACACGUGCAGGCGGACCUGAACGUCGCGCCGCGCCUGCCGUUCCCAGACCGCUCCUUCGACGUGGUCACGUGCUGCGUCUCGUUCGACUACCUCACUCGCCCACUGGAUGUGAUGCGCGAGGUCCGACGCGUGCUGCGGCCAGGCGGCUCCGUCCUCCUCUCCCAGUCGAACCGCUGCUUCUUCACCAAGGCUGUCGGCGUCUGGACGCGCGACAUGUCGGACGCGGCUCACCUGCGCGUCCUCGGGACCUACAUCCACUUUGCGGGCGGGUUAUCGCCGCCGGCCGCCACCGACAUCUCCGCGAGCGGGACGGGCACCAACGACCCCAUGUACCUGGUGAGCGCGAAGCGC